AUGAAAAAUAACAACAACUCCCCGUGGCUCGCCAUGUCGCUAUUUAACUAGCUUGAGACCGCUUUAAUUACAACAUUUACUAACGGGAUUUAGUUGCAGCAUAGGGGAUUUUUUUUUCCAUUUUUAAAUAAUGUCAAUGUAACGACUUUACUUGUAACGAAAAAAGCGACUACUACCGUUGACUAGAGAGCUACAUACAGCUAGCAGGGAAAAGUCCGUUAUCCUAAAGUCAGUAUGUAAAGAGGCAUCAUUAACGAAAGGUGGACGGUGGUCAGCUCCAAAGUUAGACGUUUAGUUGUUUUGUAGUCGUCAAUAUCUUUUGGUGAACUUUGCCUUACUGCUAGCCAAGGACCUUAACCCCACUUGACACAGCUGCGGACCGUCACCGGCAUGUUUCCGUUAGACUCGCCGUGGAACAUCUCGUUUGCGGGCUGUGGCUUCCUCGGCAUCUACCACAUUGGUGUGGCCAGCUGUCUGCUGGAGCAGGCCCCUUUCCUGGUGCUCAACGCCAGGCACAUAUACGGGGCAUCAGCUGGAGCUCUCACUGCCACCGUUCUGGUCUCUGGAGUGUGUCUCGGAGAGGCUGGUGCAAAUAUCAUCGAUGUUGCCAAAGAGGCAAGAAAGCGAUUUCUCGGACCCAUGCAUCCUUCCUUUAAUCUGGUGAAGAUUGUGCGUCAAAUGCUGCAGCGUCUUCUGCCAGUUGAUUCCCACCAUCAGGCCAGCGGGCGGUUAGGAAUCUCUCUCACCCGAGUGACAGAUGGAGAAAAUGUCCUGGUAACUCACUACAACAACAAGGACGAGCUGGUGCAGGCAUGUGUCUGCAGUGCCUACAUUCCAGUUUAUUGUGGCCUGAUUCCUCCUACACUGCAAGGAGUGCGAUAUGUCGAUGGAGGAAUCUCAGACAAUCUGCCUCAGUAUGAGCUGAAAAACACCAUCACUGUGUCCCCGUUCUCUGGAGAGAGCGACAUAUGUCCCCGGGACGCCUCGACCAACAUACAUGAGCUGCGAUUCACAAAUACAAGCAUCCAGUUCACUCUCACCAACCUCUACAGGGUCUCCAGAGCUCUUUUCCCUCCAGACCCAAUGGUUAUGAAGGCCAUGUGCAAACAGGGAUACAAAGAUGCUCUGCACUUUUUAAAGAGGAAUGGAUUGCUUAAUUUCAAUGGACCUCUCAGAGACAGACCGCUGCUAGCUAAUGGAGAAGAAAAUGAGGAUUAUAAUGAUGAGGAGGAGGACGACAAUAAGAGCGAUGAAGAGGAAGAAAAGCAACAUAUGGAAGAAAGCGGAGUGAUGGUUCAUUCCAGUUCCUCAGUAACGGAGCAUAUCAUCGAAUACCUUCCACCCAUCCUUCACAAAGCUCUAGUUGAGGCCUGCAUGGAGAGGAGGAGCCGGGUGCAGUCGCUAAGCAACCUGUUUCCUGUCAGGAUGGCCUCAGCCAUGAUGCUCCCCUACACUCUCCCUCUGGAGUCUGCUAUGUCCGUGACUCUCAGACUUCUGGAGUGGCUGCCAGAUGUGCAGGAAGAUGUGGGAUGGAUUCGAGAGCAGAUAUUUAAAAUCCUGCAGCAUGUUCUUUGCCAGGCCUCCAAAAGCAUUUCCCAGCAUGUAUCUGCCAGGUUUUCCUGUCAGCUGGAGCUGCACCACUUCCAGUCCCUCCCAUCCCAGUUCAGCUCCACCAGCCUGUUUCCCACCUGGGUGAAUGGAAGAAGUUCUUCAGUCCAGAAUGUGUUCAUGCGUCUCGACCAAUACAAGAGACAGCUGCUGUCUGGAGUGCUUUGUAUCAACAUGGACCUGCAAAGUUCCUUGGAAACGGGACCGAUGUCACCAAAUGAGAGCUUGUCAUCAAUCCUCUCCACAGAGGGCCUCACGAUGCACGCAGGUUGUCUUAAUAUUUCACCUGCUGUCGACUCUGGAGACGCCAUCAGCAGCUCCUAAGAGCCUCUGACAGGUUUCUGCUGCAGGUGCUGCAGCUGUGGGGUUCUUAUUCUAUAUCCAGGAACAUUUUAAAAGAGUUUAAAUCAGAUCUGAAUAUCUGUUUACACACUGACAUUUAGAUACUACCAGGAAGGUAUUUGUAAUCUAAUCAGCCCUUUUGUAUAGUAGACAGAAAUGGUAGUAAUUUACCAUAUUUAAACUUACUGUGUAUUCAGUAUGCUUUGACUAAUGCAUGACAAUGAAAUAAGUCUUUAGCUACAGUAUAAUCAGCCAAGCCCUUAGACACAGUAUGUCUGUAGGUCUAGAGAAUUGCAUUUAAACUUAGCACAUGGACCCAAACAGUCAUGUACAAACUUGAAUUACAGGAUGUUACAAACAAAAAUGUGCACUUGAAUUAGCAUGGUUAAAAUAGGAGAGUGUUCAUGUUUUUAGUGGAAUGCAGUCAGACCAGUAGUUAAACAGAGCGUUUCUGCUGUAUACAGUGAUGAAACUCUUAAGUCACUUCUGCUACACAGGCAGUGAAGGACUGGAGGAGGAGAAUCUGUUUACUAGAGGUAAUUACUCCAUUUAUUAUAUGCAAAAGUCAAUGCAUUGUGGAAAAACAAACAAGCUGUCUUUGUGUUUUCAGGUUUGUUUGAAUAUCAAUGUCUUAUGUCUUUACAAUUAUUUAUAUGAGAAAUACAAAACUACUUUGCUGUUUUCCAAAUCAUAGAAACUUGUUUCUAUCAUCUUGAUUUACUUGCAUGUAAGUUACAACUCUUAGGUUUUAAAUUAAAUCUAUAUUUUAUUGGAUUUCUGCUUUAAAAUUUUCUUAGCGAUGGUUUUGAUGUUAUUACAAAUUCUUAAUGCAUAUAUAGUAAAUCAAAUGUGAUUUUUUUUUUUUUGAUUAAGCAAAGAAUCAGUUUAAUCUGAAUUGCACUUUCUCAUUUGAUGUCACUGUAUGACGUCAGAUUAAGUUCUUAGGUGAUAACAUCUGUUUAAAUACUUCUCUUGUACUCUGUACUACAAGAAAUUCUAACUGUGUGAUCAAGCCCCAACUUGUGCCUUUAACUGCAUGAAACAAUUGCCAAGUGAAUUCAACAUGUAGUCAAAAUGUUGCAGGGAAUAAUA